AUUUUAUAUUCUAAUUAUUAUUACUACAACAUGGCUAAAAAAAACAAAAAACAAAAACAACUCUAGAUUAAAUUAUUUCCGAUAAUCUCGCAGGAUUAAUACACUACACAUCUACGCAUGCGCGAACAAUGACUCAGGAUUGGCAGGAAAACACGGAAGUUUGGAUCCGUUUCGCGGAAGCCCGAAAGAAACUGAUCUGUAAAGCAUAUACUAAACUGCAGCUUUGCCGCGGUUUGAUUUGUAAAUCAGCGGAGUUAAAAGGCAUGACCUCAGCUCUGAGUCGCCGCCUGGUUGCGUGUCUUCUGAACAUCUCUGAGGCUCUGGACAGAGAUGUGGUAGAGAAGGUGGCACAUGCAGCCAUCACCCACCAGCAUGGGGGAAGACGAAAAGGCGCGACUGUCCUAAACAUCUUCAGUGAUCGUGACUACAACCGUUCCGUUCUCACCAUUGUGGCAGACAUUGAGCUAAUCGGGGAUGUGGUUCUGUCGGCAUCCAAGCGAGCGUUCUCGCUGAUCGACAUGUCGGUGCAUGAAGGAAUCCACCCUUGCAUGGGAGCUGUGGAUCUUGUGCCUUUCUACCCUUUGGGAGAGGAAGUGAGCACGGAGGAUUGUGCAAAAAAGGCUCAAGCUAUUGGCACUGCUCUGAUUGAGCAAGUGCCAGGCACCAGUGUGUUUUUCUUUGGCUGGGCAGAUAGACCGCUGCAUCGUGGCCUUGCUCACAGGAGGAAAGAGUUCGGCUGGUUCAGAAAGGUUCCCAACAUGGCUGCCGUCCGGCCUGACGUUGGACCACUGCCUGGGAGACGAUAUGGACUAACAGGCAUCGGAGCAAGCCAUUAUGUAAUGAAUUGCAACGUAACCAUCGAUACCCAGGAAGUAUCGUUAGGGCGGGACGUUGCCUCAGCCAUCCGGGAGUCUAGUCCAGGAGGAAUCCCGGGGGUGCAGGUCAUCGCUCUUCCACAUGAAGGGAUGGUGGAAAUUGCCUGCAAUGUAGAAAGUGUCCAUAGUUCAGCUGCUGGAGGAGAAUCAUGGCCAGCAUUCAUAGUUGGGGAUCAGACAUUCUGCCAUGCUCCAGCUUCCCUCAUCACCACACGUGUAGCUGAACUGGCCAGAAGUCGGGGUGUGAGGACAAGAGGAACGGCCCUGGUCGGGUUCACGCCGCUCGAGUGUAAGAAACUGGCGGAAACAGCGCUGUCUCAGGAUAUCGGACACUUCUGGAAGGAGCUCCACGGAGUGCACAUGUAGUACUAGAGCUUCUACUACAGCCGAGAUGCUUGACAGACAUCCACCUGGGAAAUGAACGGUGCUCUGAGUUAUUGGUUUUGGUGCACUUGUGAUCAGGAUUGCCAGACUUCUGUAACAAAACCUGCCAAUUAACCAGUUAAACUCUCUCAAAUACCAAAACUAAAUAUUUCUCUCAUCUUUAUAAAACAUUUUACACUCACUGUUACACAUUAGGUGGGAUGUGGUAGCCUAGUGUUUAAGGUGUUGGACUACUGAACUGAAGGUCAUGAGUGCGAAUCUCAGGUCCACCAAGCUGCCACUGCUGGCCCCAUGAGCAAGACCCCUAACCCUCAAUUGCUUACUUGUAUAAAUUGAAAUAAAUGUAAGUCACUCUGGAUCAGGGCGUCUGCUGAAUGCCAUAAAUAUAAUAUUAUAAUACAUUAUACACAACUUAAAAAUCAGUGAUGUAUAGUAGCAAUCGUGCACAAUCAUUUUACUUUAAUAUUCACAGCUGGGGAAUAAAAUCCUUCCGAUCUGUUCUUUUUUAAACAAUUUAAGAUAACAUUCUGCGUCUCAUAAGUUUUCUCAUUGAUAGAAUAGGCAUUGUUUAGAGUAAGACAUGUAAUCAACAUGUCAAAAGUUUAACCUGUGCCAAUAUUUAAAAAAUAAUGGAAACCAGUAGACUUGGCAACUCUGCUUGUGAUACAAGUGUCGAACUUUAGUGUUGCACAGUGCACAGAAAAAGAAUGGCUAAACAGCUGAAAAUACUAUAAAGAUAAAUCUCUUGUUGCACUCGAAUAAAAAAAGAAAAAACCUGACCAUCCAAAUUCAGCAUUCUGUCCCUGAUCUCAUGAACUGCACUUAAUCUCAGGUUAAUAAAGUCAUUUGCAAGUGUGCACCCAGCCUCAUUUCUGCCAAAAUAUAUAGAGAGCUUGUGUAUUUGUGUUAAAUGCUGUUUGGGGGACACAAAGUGUAGAAAUACAGAAGUUUCGGAGAAAUGAUUUGUAAUUUUAUUCCAAUUUUACAGAAAGUGUUAUGCUUCAGCAUAUUAAAUGAGUUAUGUUUAUGUUGUGCUUUUGUGGUCCUUCACUUGCUCCGUUUGGUGAUUUUUGGCACAGGCAACACUCCCAAUGUAUCCAGGCUUGGGCAUGGCCCAGAGUUGAUGACCCCAUCAGUACCUGGGUGCUUCACUGCCUGGGAUUUGAACCCAGGUCACAGCAGUGGGAGACUGACAUCAGUUAAGAUGUUCACUGGUUUUUUUUUUGGCCAUGGCAGUUCCAGUGUAAGCUGUAAACAACCCCAAACACAUGCAUGUGUUAUUCCUGCAGCACAGCAGUGGGCACAGACAGCUGUGUUGUGUGCACACCUGUACAUAUGUGCAGACAUACAUUGUUUCUUGGGCACUUUAACAUGUUUGAGGAUAGGGAAAGAGAUUCGUACUGAGUUACACUGGAGGACAUGUGUGCAUGGGCAUGAGUUAUAUAAUAAAGAAGGGGUUGAUAAGGUAUCAGUG